AUCAAAUGUGUGAAGAAUAUGUCCCAUAUUCAAAGUCCAGCUUAUCAAAGAAAUACCUGUCAUCCCAGUGAGCUCUCUUGGUCUUCUGAUUAAUUAAACGACCAUGCCAUAAUCAAGAUAAGCAUUUCAAUAAUCUCUUUGGCGCGUUAUAUGAAGUUUACACAUUUAAAUAUGAGUACAAGGCCUUUGUUCCUUUGUUCAUCAAUGCCUUGUAUGAGUGGAGUUUGAGACUUUGAAGUCAGAACACCAUUCUCUUCUUCUUCUUCUUCUUCUUCUUCUGCCUUGCUCUCCCCUCCCCUUCCUCUCUAUCCAUGGCUAGCAAUUGCAAUGAUGAUAUCUGGGGAAACUACCUUGUAAUGAAGCCAAAGGAAGCAAGUUUUAUGGAUCUAUUCCAUCUCUUAUUUUCCAGUGAUUUAGAGAAAAGAAAUUUUUUAAAUUGUCACAGGGAAGGCAAGAAGGAGGCAGAUCUUCGACGUCGAUGUGUCAUCUUUGUUUCUGUCCUCAUACAAAAAAUUCUUCUCUUAUCAGCAGAGCCCAUGUCUAAGUUUGGUUCUGUGUAUGAACAGUGGCUGAACCUUCUCUCCUGUAAUGGAGGUUUCAUUGAACUUAUCUUCAAUUUCAUUACAGGGUAUGUUGUGACACCUGCUGAUAAAUCUUCGGCCUCUUUCGCAUCAUGUAUUGGGGCUCUAGAUACAAGAUUGGAUUUAGACAAGAGCAUCAAACAAGGUGACAGCAGAUAUUAUUGGGAACUCUCUAUGAUGGCCUCUAAACUAUCUUAUGAGAAUAAAGCCUUCAUACAAAAUGUUGUCACAAAUCACUGGAAGAUGAAAUUCAUAGGCUUCUAUAAUUUCUGGAAUGAUUAUGAACAAAAAAUAACAACACAGGCCUUCAUGUUCCAAGAUAAAGAGACAAACCCAGAAUUUAUAAUGGUAGCAUUCAGAGGCACUGAACCCUUCAAUGCAUAUGAUUGGAUCACAGAUUUUGACUUUUCCUGGUAUGAGCUCAAAGAUGUGGGAAAGAUCCAUGCUGGCUUCAUGAAAGCUUUAGGGUUACAAAAAAACCAAGGAUGGCCAAAGGAGGUAAAAGAAGGUGAAAACCACCCUUCUGUUGCUUAUUAUGCAAUCAGGGAAAUGUUGAGAGAUAUGCUACAGAGGAACCCACAGGCAAAGGUCAUCGUGACUGGGCAUAGCUUGGGGGCUGCAUUAGCUAUUCUCUUCCCUUUGAUAUUGUCUUUACAUGAUGAAGCUUGGUUAUUGGAGAAGUUGGAAGGGGUUUAUACAUUUGGGCAGCCUAGAGUUGGUGAUAAGAAGCUUGGAGAAUACAUGAACAAACAAUUUAAGGAGCAUUGUGUAGAAUAUUUAAGGUUUGUCUAUUCUAAUGACAUGGUUCCAAGGUUGCCUUAUGAUGACUCUACACUCCUGUAUAAGCACUUUGGACCCUGCGUCUACUAUAAUAGCCUCUAUCAAGGAAAGAUUGUGAAAGAGGAGCCAAACAAGAAUUACUUCUCAAUAGUGGAGGCAAUUCCAACACACUUAAAUGCAAUGUGGGAGCUGAUUAGGGGCUUCAUUAUUCCAUUUGUAAAAGGGGCAGAUUACGCAGAAGGAGGGAGUCAGAGAAUGUUUAGGAUUCUUGGAUUGAUAAUUCCAGGAAUAUCAGCCCAUGGACCUCAAGAUUAUGUAAACUCUACCAGAUUGUGUUCCUCGAUUACAUCUUUCCAACGCCAAGACCUUACUCAGCAACAAGGCCUGAAUUAGGAGAAAAAUAUUAAAAAAUAAAUUAAGAUCUAAAUAAGAGCUAUGUGCAUUGUUAUUAUUUUUUUUUUGGACCCUUCUUUUUUGGUUUGGUUUGCUAAGAUUGAUGUAUUGUCCAAAGGGAAAUGUACAACUACUCAUGCAUAAUAUAUAAUUGAUUUGUCAGUUGUAGCA